AAUUUGCUCUACAUGUAGCUGUGUAAGCACACUUGUACCCGGGUACACUCCUUUGCUGGCUGCCAUGCACCCGUCGAACUUCGCUCACUGGUCCCUCUCAACAGCCCGCGACCUCACCCUCGAAGCCGCCCGCGACGCCAGCAAUGCCCGCAAGACUUCGACACGACCGCUGCCCUCAGCGCAGCUCAAGAAGCUGCUCGACAGCCGCUCUGAGCGCGAUGUGCUCGAGGGUCUGCGCAGGGUUAUCACUAUGUCCUACCGCCAACCUCCUUCGCAAACACUGCCGUUCUUCUCACACGUGAUCAAGAAUGUCGCAUCGCCGUCACUCACAGUCAAGAAGCUCGUCUACAUAUGCCUGCUCCAGCAUGCCGAACAUGAGCCAGAUACAGCGCUCCUCUCGAUCAACACGAUACAGAAGUCGCUCACGGACCAGAAUCCUCAGCUGCGUGCGCUUGCUCUGCGCGUCAUGUCCGGCAUACGGGUGCCCGUCAUCAGCCAGAUUGUAAGCCUGGGCAUCAAGCGCGGAGCUGGAGACAUGUCGCCCAACGUACGGAGAGCUGCUGCUCUAGCGAUACCGAAGUGCUAUAGAUUAGACCCGAAUACCGAACCGCAGCUUCUCGAAUAUCUCUCGACGUUACUGGGCGACAAGCAGUACUUCGUCACAGGCGCAGCCGUCGCGGCUUUCUUGGAGAUCUGUCCUGACAGGCUGGACUUGAUACAUCCGUACUACCGCUCGCUGGUGCGCAAGCUGGCGGAUAUGGACGAGUGGGGACAAUUGGCUACGCUGCAGCUCAUGAUGGUGUAUUCGCGCAAAUGCUUCCCUAGGCGGACAAGGAAGGUCAAGAAGGCCUCGGCGAACUCGAACACGAACGCGAAGUCCACAAAACCUACGAAAGGGUUCUACGACAGCGAAAGUGAGGAAGAAGAGGACGAGGACGAAGAGGACGAGCAAGACUUCGAGGAGGUUGCUGUUCUCGAUCCUGACCUUGAGCUUCUGCUGAAGAGCUGUCUCUCUCUUCUGCAGUCGCGGAACGCAGCAGUCGUGAUAGCGGUUGCCAGAGCCUAUCUGUACCUGGGCACUCCUGCCUACGUUUCCUUGGCCAUUGGACCUCUAGUAUCUCUUCUGCGAUCAGCUGGAGAUAUUCAGCACAUCGUCCUGUACAACAUUGUGCAAGUCUGCUUGUCACAUCCGGAGCCAUUCGUCAAAUACUACACGCAUUUUUUGGUUCGCUCGAUAGAUGCCCCACACAUCUGGCGACUCAAGCUGGAGCUGCUGACUUUGAUUUUCCCCCACGCUCAACCCAGAUUGCAGAGCUUGAUCCUGGCCGAGCUCAGCCACUUCUCACACUCUGGCAGUCUCGAUCCAGCACUGGUCAAAGAGUCCGUUCGCGCGAUAGGCAGAUGUUCACAAAGCCCUGCCACCAGCCCGCAGACAUCAGCACGGUGCUUGAGACUGCUCCUCAAGCAUAUCGGCUCCGCAGACGCCCACCUCGUAGCUGAAUCCCUCGAAGUCAUUCGACACUUGAUCCAGCGCAAUCCAGAUGCUCACCGUACAACUGUGGUGCGACUAGCAAAGCACCUUGACGCGGCAACCAGCCCACAAGCACGCGCAAGCAUAAUUUGGCUCGUUGGCGAAUUCGCAGGCUUAGACCCAGAGAACAACAUCGCCGCAGACGUCCUCCGCAUCUUAGCAAAAGGUUUCGCCGACGAAGCCGAGCCCGCAAAGCUGCAAAUCAUGCUCCUAGCAGCAAAAGUCUACAUCCACCACCUGCACGCUAAUCCUCCACCCUCUCCUACAAAACAAGAGGAACCCCCCGAACCAAGUGCUUCGGUUCUAGACAUGCCCGAAGAAGAAGGCGGCUUCCGCGACGCCCACCUCGAGAACCCUCCCCCAAUCGAACCCUUACAAAAAGAGUCGCCACACCAGAUCGAAGCACUAUACAGCUACGUCCUCGCCCUGACGCGAUACGACACAUCCUACGACCUGCGCGACCGAGCCCGCGUAUACAAGUCAUUGCUCUCCUUACCAUCAUCAACUCAAUUAGCCUCUUUACUUCUCCUCGCGCCAAAACCAGUCCCACACAUCCCCUCCCCCUCCGAGACACGCAAGAACUACGUACUCGGCUCCGCAUCCCUCGUAAUUGGCGACGAAGGCGGCGUCGGCGGACUACGCGGGUACGAAGACCUGCCACCCUGGGUCAAAGAUGGCAAGGAGCCCGAUCCAUCUCUGCGCGACGAAGCGCCGUCGUCGACCUACGUGUCCGCGCAUGAGGUCGCGAAGAACAUGUCUGCGAGCGAGAGGCUGGAUGCAGCGGCGCAGGUUGACAGCGGGAGGCAGCGGAUGCUGGAGACGAUUCCGAGUUAUAGGACCUCGAAUGGGGUUGGGGGCGUGGAGAAGCCGGCGCAGAAGGAGAAGACGCUUGAUGAUUGGUUGGCGGAGAGUAGUGGAAGUGAGGAGACGGAUGAUGACGAGGAGGAGGAGGAGGAGGAGGAGGAAGAUGAAGAAGAAGAUGAUGAUGAUGAUGAUGAGAGUGAGGAGGAGAGUGAGUAUGAGACGGAGAGUGAGAGUGGAGACGAGAACGAUAGACUCGUGAAGUAGAUAACAAG